UUGAAAGACCAAUUGCAUUGGGUAGCUGUAGAGGCAGACCUGAAUGGGUGGAUGCUCAACAUCUUUGACUCCAGUAUUGGAUCAAUUUCCGAAAACAAUUUGAUCAGCUUGAUGGUUGACUGGUGUACCAUUUUCCCGUCGGUCUUGCGACAGUCCGGUUUAUUUGAGAACCAUGACGUUAUACUCGCGCCUCAGUUGACAGCAUCAGAGAGCCAGGUCAGACCCUUCGAUUGGAAACUCACUCCACGUGAAUUCGUACCGCAAACAAAAUCCAGUGGCGAUUGCGGAUGUUACGUAAUUGAGCAUAUUGAACAUAAGCUUCUACAACUACCAUUUGAUAAUGUAACUGACAAUAAUAUGAAACUUUUUAGGCAAAGGUGGUGUGUAGACUUAUUCUACCAAAACUUAUGUUGAACGGUCUUAAUUUUUUUGAAUUGUAUAAUUUUUUUGAUUGCUCUU